AUGCUCCGCUGGCGGGGGCCCAGCUCCCGCUUGCCGACGCGCCUUUCUUUCCCCGAAGGCUGUACCUGUGCUGGGAAACCGGAACUUUCCUUUUCGGUUUUGGACACCUGUGCAAGUCCCUGUGAUGAAACGGGCGUGUGGGAGCGAAACUGUGCUCUUCCAGGCACAGUGACCGUGAGCUGUGGGAGCGCGGGUGUAGCUGUGCCUGCACAGCCCGGCACAAGCUGGCCUUCUCUGGCAGAGCUCGUGCUGCACCGGGCACGGCGAGAGCGCUCGGAGAGCGGCCACCACGGCCGCUGUCGUGGUUUAACCCCAGCCGUAUCUGGAAUAGUGCCAAAACCCCAAAACGCAAGAAUUAUUUCAGUUAAUUUUCGUAGCAUUUUACAGUGGGAUGCACCCAGGUUUCACAAUGGGAACAUAAGUUACACUGUCCAAUCCAACAGCAUCAAUUUCCCUGGAGAGACAUAUGAAAACGUGAGCACAAACUUGAGACUCACAGAGUGUGAUGUCUCUUCUCUGUCCGUGUAUGGAGACUACAAUUUACAGGUCAGAGCCGAGUCAGAAAAUAACCAUUCAGACUGGGCGACCGUCAGAUUUAAGCCAAUGGAUGACACAGUUGUUGGGCCACCUGAUGUAAAAGUGAAGUCUGAGUCUGGGUCCCUGCACGUGGAUUUCAUAGGCCCUUUUGCUGAACACGAACAUGACAAGUGGCCUCUAAAGCAAUAUUAUGGCUCGUGGAAUUACAGAAUACUGUACUGGAAGAAAGGCAGCAAUACAGAGGUAGCUCACAUAGAUACUAAACAUAACUCUGAAAUAUUAUCUCAGUUGGAGCCGUGGACAAUAUAUUGUAUUCAAGUGCAAGCCGUUAUCCCCGAGUGGAACAAAACAGGGGAACUGAGCGGAGAGCUUUGUGAGCAGACAACCCACAACGGUGUAACUCCUGUGUGGAUAAUUGUGACCGUUCUUAUAGGAUCAAUGUUGGUCGUUGUAAUAUCUGUUCCUGUUUGUUUCUUCUCCUUUUUGUAUCUAUAUCGACUCACCAGACAUGUUUUCUGCCCUUCAUAUGUUUUCCCACAACACUUGAAAGAGUUUUUGAGCAAGCCUCCCAGUGGUUUGCAGUUUUUUUCUCCACUCCCGCAAGAAGAGCAUCUUUUUUAUGACAAGCUAACUGUCAUUUCAGAAGAAUCCAAAAAUCAAAGCGAUGAGACAGGGGAUGAGGCCAGCAAGACAACAGAGUACCUUCAGGACUCUGAACAAGAGCAUUCUGAUUCAAGAAUAGUACCAGCUUCAGAAAAGGCCUAAAUGCACUCCUCAUACUUUACUUGGACCAGAAGAAAAGCAAAUGGGCUGUUGAGUUUAUCUUCUUCUUGCUGCAUUCUUAAGACAGUAAAAAACCAUAUACGAAAAUGUGUACACAGACUUUUGACAGAAUCAUAUUAUUUUUUUUAAAGUACAAGAAACUUGACUAUAAAUGAGGAAUUAAAUGAUAUGUAAUUUUUGCCACUGUUUGUAGUGGCUCACUGUUAAGUUGUAGCAAUACCUAGGACUGUAUCAUGACAUUAAUUUAAAAAGCAAAUGUCAUAUAUAUAUAUAUAUAUAUAAAAACAGUUAAUUUAACUUUGAUGAGCUAUUUAUUGCAAAAGCUAAUCAAAAUGGCAUAUUGUGUAAAGUUUAUAAAAGAAAAUCAUAUAUUAUAAAGAAAGACCUGAUCUGACUUUUUUUUAAUGAGAAAUUGUGUGUAUUUCUUAAGGAUAUCCCUAGUGGCAUAAUCUUUCUAUUGAAUAUUUUUUUACCUGAUGCAAAACUGUAAAGUUAUUAUGAUGGUACGAACUUGGUAUGAA